AUGCAGUGGAACCAAACCAUAUCUGUGGAACGGAACAUAAAAGACCGUCUGGCGGAUUUGCGUACAAUUGAGUUACUCUGGCAAGAAGAGCAAACUUUAGCAACUCGUGUUGUUUUACUUCUUUCAACAACACAACAAGAAUUGAACAAACAUGCCGAAUUCCUCACCAAACUUCCUCCUUUUUCUAAUGCUUUAUUGGACAAGAAAGUGACCGAACAAUUUAUUGGCGCUUUCAGGUUCAUUGCAAAUAACUUCGAGUUGAUGACAGACACAAUCAAAGCAGCUUCUAAAACUCCAAAUGAAAUGUUUAUGAACAUCAACAAACUUCGCGCUUCAUUUGCUUCCCCAACACAAGGCCAAGAAAUCCUUUUCUCCCAAAAUCAAAUGUUUUAUAACGACCAACUCCUCGCACUUCCCCAUUACUAUCUAACACUCUUCAAAUCAUUCGAAAACUUAUUUUCAUUGGGGCAUUCUUUUUUCACUGACACCCCUUUCACCUCGACUAUUUCGUCGAACUUAAAAACGAAAGCGGAACAAAGUAAAUUGUUUGUCUACACACAGUAUACAAAUAAGACUAUACGAGAGAUAUUACUUUCUGAGAAACGAACGAGCGAAGAAAUGCCAUGUGCUGUGUAUAGAAUGUUAAAUGUGUUAUAUACGAAUGGGUGGAAUACAAAAGGGAUUUUUCGAGAAAGCCAAAACGCGUCAGUUCGACGGAUAGAGGAAAUCUGCCAACGAUUAAGCGUUACACAUUUUGAUGAGAUGCCAUGCGACGUCGUCGCUAAUGUAUAUAAAAGGUUUUUAAGGAAUAUACCAGGGAGUAUUGUGAAUAGAAAAGUCACCGAAAAAUUAUUGAAAGUGUGGAGCUCCUACCAUCGAAUGGAAAGGGAUGAAACCAAAUUGAUAAAUGAAUUAAAAACAACCCUUUCUUCUCUCGAGAUUGAAAAUUACUUCGUUCUGGCAAACACGUUCAAGAUCGCAAAAAUGAUUAGUGACAAGUCUGAGAUAAACUCAAUGAGUGCGAAAAACAUUUCGGUUUGCCUCACAACAAAUUUGAUGAGUUUGUGCGAAAACGACACGUUCGGGGAUGCCGAAACGACAAAUGAGUAUUUGGGUUCGAUUGAGAUUGGUGAAUUUAUCAUUACCAAUUUUGCAGCAAUAUUCCCGAAUUUUGGUGGUAAUUUCACGGAACAUCAAAACCUCAAAAUCGGGUUGGACGAAAUAAUUUCACAAAUCCCAGAAUCUAAAAGAAAGACUUCACGAAGGAAAGUCAAAGCAAAAGUGACUGAUAGGAUUUUCAGUGACGGAAAGGAUGAGAAGAAAAGCCAACAAAAAAUCGUGAAUAACGAGAUUUGCGACGAUUCCGUCGUGAUUAAUCAAGCAACCGUAAAGAGGAACAUUAAGACAAUGACGAAUGAUAAUCUCAUCACAAAGACAUAUGAAGACCCGUCGCCGAUCAAAAGCCAAAAGCGAAAAAAGACUGACACGAUGCGAAAUUUGUUGUACAUCCCACAAGUCGACUUCAAUAUUGUUGAAUUUGAAAAGCAACAAAAAAAGGAAAAGGAAGAACAACAAGAGAUAGAGGACAAAUGCAUCAAUCCCGAGUUAUCAUAUAGAAGUAUUGAAAGAUUGAUUCUAGGUGAAGAAUUAUUGGACCAACCCCAAAAUGGGCUCGAAGACUACCUCGUCAUUUCGCAAAAGGCGAUCGAAAGUGAAAAACAAAAAUUGAUGGACGACAUGAAGAAGAAGGAGGAAGAGCAAAACAGAAUCAAUUUCGAGAACGCAAAAAUCGUGACAGGUCAGGUAAACGAGAAUAAGAGGAAGGAGUCGUUAACGUACUUCGACGGCGUUUUAAGUUCUACGUACAAUGCGACUAACCCUUUCUUCGAAGACAAGUAG